AUGCAAGCUAGCCAAUACGUCUUCGUCUCUCUACCCCUCAGAAUCUUCGACGAUGAACCAUUAACGGCACUUGCCGCCACAAUCGGCCGGGAUAACGGCGAGAUAUUGCCGUUUUCCAUACCCGCAUUCAAAAUCGGCACACUGGACUCUCUCGUCCAGCAUGCCGAUGACCUCGCCAAACUCAAUGCCGCAUGUGAAGCCGCCGCUGCAAAAGUUUCAGACUCGCUCAGGAGCGUCUUACAUGGCAACGAGAAACAACUUGCGGACCAGAAAACGGUCAAUGACAAACCCAUAGACCACUACCUGCGCAACUUCCAAUGGAACAAAGUCCGAUACCGAGUCGAUCGUCCACUUGGGGAGUUGAUCGAUAAUCUUCAAAAGGAGCUGCACAAUAUUGAGAACGACGUCAAAGCCAAAUUCAACCAAUACAACAGCAUUAAGACGACGCUCACAGCUUUGCAGCGGAAACAAACGGGUAAUCUGUCGACUAAAUCCCUUACUCCUAUCGUUGAUCCCAGCCUGCUUGUCCAGGAUUCUGAGUACCUGGAAACGCAUCUCAUUGUUGUUCCAACAAAUGCCCGCAAAGACUUCAUUCGCAGCUAUGAAACAAUCGCCCCAAUGGUGGUUCCGCGAUCGGCCAUCCAAGUUGCCCAAGACGACGAUUUCACGCUGUACGCCGUAACUACUUUUAAAAAAACCAGUGCUGAGUUUCUACAAAAGUGUAGAGAACAGAAGUGGACACCACGACAGUACAAGUAUGUCGAAGGGGGUAAAGAAGAGGAGAAACGUGAGCUCGAUCGUGUCACCAAGGAGGAACAGAAGGUGUGGAACGAGGCGGUCAGACUGGCCCAGACAGGCUGGAGCGAGACUGUCAUGAUCUGGGCGCAUGUUGUAACAUUACGCAUAUUUGUUGAGACUGUCCUAAGAUAUGGACUGCCCCUGGAAUUCGUAUGUGCGCUUGUCAAGGUUAAGAAAGUCAAGGCAGCCUUGGAUGCGGCAUACUCGUACCUUGGAGGGAAUGCCUUUGGGAGGGAUAAACGCGGUCGAAUCACCAAGGACGACAUGUCCCUCGCAUCAGAAAUAGCGGCCGCGGGUUUUGGAAGUGAAGGAACAGAGUACACCGCGUACGUGUAUUACGAGAUGAUCUUCCCUUAA